AUGAUAAGAGUUAUAGCACUGGGAUGUAAUGAUAAUGGUAAUGUUAAUGAUGAUGGUAAUGGUAAUGAUGGUGGUAAUUGUAAUGGUAAUGUUAAUGAGGAUGGUAGUGGUAAUGGUAACGCAGAUGGUAAUUGUAAUGGUAAGGAUGAUGGUAAUGAUAAUGGUAAUGAUGAUGGUAAUGGUAAUGGUAACGGUAACGGUAACGGUAAUAGUAAUAGUAAUGGUAAUGGUAAUGGUAAUGGUAAUGAUGAGGCUAAUGGAAAUGCAAAUAGCAACGAUAAAGUUUAUUGUAUUGUGAUGGUAACUUCAAUGGAAAUCGAAAUUGGAUUAACAAUGAUAACGCCAAUGGUAGUGGAAGUGAUGGUGUAUUGUGAUGGUAAAUAUAAUCGUAAUGGCAAUGGGAAUGAUAAUGAUGAGGGUAAUGCUAAUGAUAAUGGUAAUCGUAAUGAGAAUAGUAAUGAUAAUAAUACAUAUAAUAGGAAUGGUAGUGAUGAUCCUCAUGGUAAUCGAAGUAAUGAUCAAGUUUAUGCUACUGAGGAGUUGAAUUUAGAGCAUAAUUGCCAAGUUGGUACACGCGUACCUGUGUAA